AUGCGUUUCUCUCUCUUUGCCCUUGCACUUAUUCCAGUUGCCUUUGCUCAUGAUGGCGAGGAUCACGGUUCAUCGGCCUCUGCAGACCAUGCUCACGAUGACGAACACUCGCAUGCCAUGACUGGCAGCGACUCCAUCAUGGUGAUGGGCUCAUCUACCAUGGUAAUGGGCACAUCCUCCAUGGUGAUGGGCACAUCCACAUCCGAGGCAGCCUCGUCCAGUGCCUCGUCUGUUGCAUCAGCUUCAGCUUCAGCUUCUGGUUCUACGUCAACCGCUUCCUCGGCUGCAUCGUCUGCAGCAGCUUCCUCUUCUGGCUCCUCUUCUGCAGCCACGUCCUCUAAUGGUGCCAACUUGGCCAAUGCUGGUGCUGGUGCUUUCGUGGUGGGACUUGUAGGUCUUUUGUUGUAA